UUGACACGUAAUGGCGACAAAACACUUCCGGCCCCUGCUUUUCGGGCCCGUUCAUUUAUUAACUAUCAACUUCCGGUUGAUCCUUCUUUUCAGCAACGGCUACAAAUUCGCCAACAUGCCACUCGCAAAGGACCUGUUGCACCCAACCUCAGAGGAGGAGAAGAGGAGUCACAAGAAGAAGCGUCUUGUACAGAGCCCUAACUCGUAUUUUAUGGAUGUCAAAUGUCCAGGAUGCUAUAAGAUCACAACAGUGUUCAGUCACGCCCAGACGGUCGUCCUGUGCGUCGGAUGCUCUACAGUCCUGUGUCAACCUACAGGGGGUAAAGCACGCCUCACAGAAGGAUGCUCAUUCAGGAGGAAACAGCACUAGACUCUCAGCAUUGGAGCUUGUUGGACCGAGAAACGGGAUUGACCCCACAGUGACCCUGCUCAGGAAGUGACAACGCGAGAGGAAAAGUGGAGAUGAAACUGAAGAGGAAAGAUGGUGUUGAGCUCUGCUUUGUGUAUGUAGAGAGAGAACGUCCCCUGGCAUGAUGACAUCACUGUAACACCACUCCAUCGGUCUCUCUCACUUCUUAAUAAAGUUUAGUUUUUUCGUUUAAAGAA